AUGAUUCCCUCGACAGCGCUCGUCAACUCGCUGCCGCGCAACAUCCUUGGUAAGAAGCACACGCGCUCGGGUAAGCCCAAGAGUCGUGGUGGCUGUACAUCGUGUAAACUUAGACACCGAAAAUGCAACGAGCAGAAGCCAGUGUGUCAUCAGUGCAAGAGAUCCGCGCGAGAUUGCCACUAUGAUGUACCCCAAGAGAAGCAGCAUGGCGGCAACACGUCCUAUAAAAGAUCAAUUCUUCCGAGACAGGAGGCACUUGAUGUAGUUGCUACAAGAGCUCUGUAUUUUCGCCCAAGGGCAAGCCACCUAGAACCCGACGAGGCUCCAUACUUUGACAUGUUUAGAGCCCAGAUGCUCCAGGACUUUUCAUACACUCCAUGCACUAAGUUCUGGAACCGUGUCAUUCCCAGAGAAUCUAUGCAAGACGAGUGUGUGCGGUGGUCCGUUUUGAGUAUCGGGGCUUUAAUGCUGUCUCUGCGGUCUCUAAACCCCGAGCCGACAGUCAAGCUGCUGGAGGGACGCGGCGGCGGUGCAUAUCAGGUUGCCAUGGCGUAUCAUGACAAAGCCACCACUGCUCUCCAUAUGCGGAUGCGACAGGACUUUCACACCAUUUCGCGCAGGAACGUGCUAAUCAACAUGUUUUUGCUAUUUCUCUUUGAGCUUUUGAUCGGAAACACCAACGGCGCAGAUCGGUUGCUAACAAGCAGCGUCGAGCUGUUAAAGCAAAAACAUGACCAACUCGUUGAUGAGAUGAACUCGCAAUACCCUGAACAGGGCGUUUGUACUUAUGUUGCGCCUUCCGACGAUGAAGGUUUGGAUCAAGCUGAACGGAUUUUACCUCGACUCCAAAUAUUUCUCAGUCUGAACUCGCCAUUCUUCCCAAUGCAGAACGCCUGCUGGUCCAGAUUGCAAUCGCGACCAAUCCCUGGCGGUGUCCCGGAGGCUGAUACCGAUAUGCAUGAAUUCGGAGCUAUGUGGAAUAGUUUCAUCACACGGGCAGUCAUCUUCGUUGUCAAAGCUAUGCAAAGAUAUCAAUAUGGUUACCAUGUAGAUGAUUUCGAGCUCCACUUCGCCCAUCGGGCCAUCUUCCUUGACCGACUUCAGGACUGGGAAUCAGUUAUUUUGCUAAAGCUGGAAACGGAGAGAAAUCCCAUGGUAUGCCAAUUCUUAGACACAUUUUAUAUGGGCCAAAAGGCCGUGUUUAUCCUUAUGAGCUGUUGUUUCGAUGCAACAGAAAUGCUAUACGAUCAGUUCAACUCUAAGUUUCGGGAGAUUGCCUCCACGGCCUGCUCUCUCGGAGGAACAUUGAAGCAAUUUUCGCAUCUCGAAACUGCGCUGGACAUUUAUACUCUUCCAGUCUUGAACUUCGUAUCACAAAAAUGCAGGGAUAAAGCCAUCCGCUCGGAAGGGCUAGACAGCUUCGAGAAGAUGACAUCGUCCUCGUUUAAUUGGGAUACUAAGGCUAGUUUACUGGCGAGGCGCCGGCUUAUGGCUUUGGAGGAGGAAAGUCGAGACACAACAGGUCAGAUUCCAGCGAGCGGUCGAUAUCAGUGGACAAGCGCAUCAUGGAAUGCGGAUUAUUCGAGUCUGAGCAUUGUGUUUACUCCUGUCGCUUCUGACCAUGCUGGAAUACGGAAGGAAAAACGAUUCAAAAUACUUCGGGCAGACUUGGAAAUGCAAAAAGAGUAG